AUGAUAGUCUUAGGUGGUUCCUCUGAUCAACCCCAAGAAUCUAUGGGGGCAUUUCAAGAAUUUCCACAAGUUGAAGCAGCACGACUCUUUUCAAAGUAUGCUGCUCGUAUUUCAUCACUCGAGCGAGUUCCAUUCUUUGUUGAAAAAGCUGUUCGUUCUUCUAUUUAUUCACCUUCAGGUGUAAGUUAUCUUGAUAUUCCUGGUGAACUUGUUACUUCUUCAAUAAACUCAAGUCAAAUCGAACAACCUCCAAAACAUCAAGCACCUCCAAAGCCUGCUGCUAGCCGUGAAUCACUUGGUGAAUUUUUCAAUUUACUUAAACAAAGUAAAAAACCACUUGUCAUCGUUGGAAAAGGUUGUUCAUAUGGAUUUGCUGAAGAAGAACUAAAAAAAUUUAUUGAACAAUACAAUUUACCAUUUCUUGCAACACCUAUGGGUAAAGGAACAUUGGAUGAUCGUCAUCCAUUAUCUGUUGGUGCAGCACGUUCAACUGCAUUAAAAGAUGCUGAUUGUAUUAUUUUACUUGGAGCACGUCUAAAUUGGAUGCUUCAUUUUGGUAAACCACCUCGUUUUGAUCCAGAUGUUAAAAUAGUUCAAAUUGAUACGGAUACAAAUGAAUUACACAAUAAUGUUCAAAGUGCAUUAGCAAUUCAAGCUGAUCUUAACACAGUAUUAAAACAAUUGAAUGAAAAUGAAACAAAAUGGAAAUAUGAUGCAGCAACACAAUGGUGGAAUUUACUUAGAAAGAAAUUGGCUGCCAAUAAACAACGAAGCGAUACUCUUAUAAAUUCAAAAGAUAGUUCUAUGCUUAACUAUUAUUCAGCAUUUGAUACAAUUCAAUCAAUUAUUCCAAAAGAUGCAAUCAUUGUAAGUGAAGGUGCUAAUACAAUGGAUAUUGGACGAACGAUGUUAUUGAACUCUAAAGCUCGUCAUCGACUCGAUGCUGGAACAUUUGGAACAAUGGGUGUUGGUCCAGGUUUUGCAAUAGCAGCAGCUAUUUAUUGUCAAGAUCAUGAGCCUGAAAAACGUAUUAUUUGUGUUGAAGGUGAUAGUGCUUUUGGUUUUAGUGGUCUUGAAUUUGAAACAGCUGUUCGUUAUAAUCUUCCAAUUAUAUUUAUCAUAAUUAAUAAUGGUGGUAUUUAUGCUGGUGUUGAUGCAGAGUCAUUUCAAGAAAUGGCUAAAAAAGAUGCUGCUCUAAAUUUACCACCAACAUCACUAAUGCAAGCAAAUUAUGAACGGAUAGCCGAAGCUUUUGGUUGUCAAGGUUAUUUAGCGCGUACACAAGAAGAAGUAAAAAAAAGUGUGCAAUCUGCCUUAGCUGAAAAAACUCGUCCAUCAAUUAUUAAUGUUUUUAUUGAUCCAUCAUCGGGUCGUGUUCAACAAGAACAUGCUUGGCUUACUCGCUCAAAAAUUUAA